UGGGAUGCCUUUUAAAGACACCGUGAGGUGCUUCACGCGAGUACUUUAGUACUUGAACACUUCUUCGCUAUUUCCUAUAAUUGUUCUCACCAACACUUAUGAGGAUGUGUGUUAACGCAAACACAAAUGGCUGUCUGCUGUUUACCUGUUAUUUUUCUGUGAACUGAGUGCUCAAAGAUGCACACGCGCCACAAGCGGGAGAUGGGCAGGUGCGUGUCCGGAUGUCACAUGGAGAGAGCGAGUGUGCCCCUGUCUGUCAGCAGCUGGUCAUCUCCUGUCCACAUCCCUGAAAUGGCCACUGACAGCUGCCGUGCAGCUCACAGCGGCCCACUCCCCUCGCAGUGCUUUUAAAGUGACAGCGCAGGUUAUCUGACUGCUUUAUUGAAGAGGCUAGAAUGAUGUGCGGAAAGUAAAUGCUGUUUUUGUUUUUUCUUGUCUCUGCUUUUUUAUCAGGCGUUCGACUGGAUCGCGUGCGUGGUGGAAGACAGAAGUACAAACGUCGGAUAGAUGCAGAAAACAGCCCAUAUUUGAACCCUCAACUGGCUCUGCCACCCAAAAAGCCAUUCCCCUUUGGCUGCCUUGCAGAUAACAAGAUUGUGUCUCACUUGCUGGUGGCGGAGCCUGAGAAGAUCUACGCCAUGCCUGACCCCACCGUGCCCGACAGCGACAUCAAAGCCCUGACCACGCUCUGCGACCUGGCAGACAGGGAACUGGUGGUCAACAUUGGCUGGGCCAAGCAUAUCCCAGGGUUUUCCACACUCUCGCUGGCGGACCAGAUGAGUCUUCUGCAGAGCGCGUGGAUGGAGAUCCUGAUCCUGCGUGUAGUCUACCGCUCGCUGUCUUUUGAGGACAAGUUGGUCUACGCUGAAGACUACAUCAUGGAUGAGGACCAAUCCAAGCUGGCUGGCCUGCUAGACCUGAAUAAUGCUAUUCUUCAGCUGGUGAAGAAGUACAAGAGCAUGAAGCUGGAGAAGGAGGAGUUCGUCACUCUGAAAGCUAUAGCCCUGGCUAACUCAGAUUCCAUGCAUAUAGAGGACGUGGAAGCCGUGCAGAAGCUCCAGGACGUGUUGCACGAGGCCCUGCAGGACUACGAGGCGGGUCAGCACGCGGAGGACCCGCGCCGGGCCGGCAAGCUGCUCAUGACCCUACCGCUGCUCCGGCAAACGUCCACCAAGGCAGUGCAGCACUUCUACAGCAUCAAACAGGACGGCAAAGUGCCCAUGCACAAACUGUUUCUGGAGCUGCUGGAGGCCAAGGUGUAACUCCAUCCCCGGCCCCCCGUUAUACCGACAGAGAGCUGGAGGGGGUACGUCAAUGACUGCGCCCUCUUCAACGGGCAGACACUGACUAACUCUCUGCCGCUGUUUGUGAAACCUUUGUCAAUAAACUUUAACAAAUAAUAACUAAAACAUAACCGUACUGGUACUUCUAAUUACUGACAAUGAUACGUAAAUAUAAGAAUGAUUUAAAAUGUGAUUAUUGAGAAAAAUACGACUGCUUUCAUUAUUCAGCAGUGGGACUUGAAACCAGCCGUCGACUUGUUCUUCUCGAAAAUCUGAUGCUGAGUUUUUUUGUGCUAUUGAGACAUUCGAUUGAUUUUCAAAAGAGAAAUUCUGGAGCCGAAAAAGACCAGCCCUGCCAAAGGAAGGAGGUCCACCCGGUGGACACCAGCAAGCGAAACUUUCCCCGAACUGUCUCAUGUCGCUGAAGGAAUCUAGGGAUCGACCCUCUUUACCAUAAGAGCGUGACGUAGUGACUAUGUGCAGUAUUACAUUAGAGGUCCUCGGAGCAGUUUAACAACGCGAUAGCCAAACGGAGAUUUUCACAUCUUUGAAGAAGCUGCUCCUCACCAUUACGUAGCCAUGCGGAUUGAUCAUGCGUGUGUCACUCCCUUG